AGCAAAGAGUGGAAGAUGUACGACUGAUCCGAGAUCAGCACCCGACUAAAAUACCAGUGAUCAUUGAAAGGUACAAGGGAGAGAAGCAGCUUCCAGUUUUGGAUAAGACCAAGUUCUUGGUGCCAGAUCAUGUCAACAUGAGUGAGCUCAUCAAAAUUAUCAGGCGACGCCUGCAGCUGAACUCCAACCAGGCCUUCUUCCUGCUGGUGAACGGCCACAGCAUGGUGAGCGUGUCCACCCCCAUCUCUGAGGUGUACGAGAGCGAGAAGGACGAGGACGGGUUCCUCUACAUGGUCUAUGCCUCCCAGGAGACCUUCGGAGCACCAUCUUCCGCCUAAGACAUGCAAAGCGGCUUCUAGCCUAGGAGUUUGGUUGCCCCUUGGCCAUCACCCCCACUGUCCCCACACACCCCCCAGGGAAAGAACCGGAUGUCACCUCUGCUCUCAGUCCCUUAGCAUAGUGUUGCUUUAGCAGGUGUCUCAUCUUCCCUUGCCUUGGUUGUGACUAUUAAAGAGCAGAGAGCACCUCCAGCUUUGAAACCUGCUGUAAUAAUGCUCCACACAGGCACAUCCACAUGGCUGGACCUGACAGAAGGAACCCGAUUGUGCAGGUGACAAUUGCAAAGGGAGGGACACUCAAUUGACUUUGACCAAGCAAACAGGCACCAGGGAGGAGCUAAAGCGUUUCCUGUGAGUUUGCUGGAAAAAAAAUAAUCUCCCUAGGAGUCCUUAAAUUUUUUAUUUUGAAUGGGAAG